GAUUGGUCAGAUUAUCAGCGGUGCCGGAGCGGGCUGAACAACACAUCUUCAUCCAGAUACCCUUAAAUUCGUGUUGUUUAGCGUCCGACCAAAAAAAUCAACUGUUAUUUUUGGUUUAGGGUUUUAAAGGACAAACUCUAGAAAGAGAGGUUCAACAGACUUCUUUGUAGUAUUUUUUUGAUAAAGUGUCUGUGGUUAUUGGCGUAUUAUUAUGUGACGGAGUUAGCCACUCUAGCUUAGCAGGCUAACAUGUCUGAGCCAACGUUAGCUCAUCAUCUCUCGUGAACUUUUGAGUUAACAGCUCACCUGCGGAGGUCCAGGUAACACCAAGAACACUUCAGAUACUGUACUCAUUGUUGGUUAUCAGAUUUAUAUGAUUUAUGUCCUCAUUAAGCACCAAAUGAUCAGCCUGUAGACAGUCGACCCUAAACUUAGCUGAACUCCGACACCAUUAUAGACCUUCUGUUAUUUGUAGCUUAAUGUUGACCCAUGUGUCUCUCCUCUUUCCCUAAACAGCAUGAACUGUCCCCCCACAAAGCGCCUUCGAGGCCUGAACCAGGACGUGGUGAGAGCCGUGCCUUUAGUUGACCCAUUUGAUGACCCUUUUGAUGAUGAUUUCACUCAGGAGGACCUGGAACAGAUCGACAUCAUCGCCUCACAAGCCAUGACUUCCACUGCUAUACCUGGACAUGGGUCUAGUUCAGCAGCCAGGCCGGUGGAGCCGGCUCGUGGGUCGACAUGGUCAACAUCUGCAGGGCCGAGUUCAUCUGUGAACAGAGCCUCAACCAACCCUAGCACGUUUGUAUUCAGCAGCAGCAACAGCAGAGAGGAUGCUGGGAUACCAAACAGAGAGGCUGUCAGUGAGUUCAAAGCUGAGCUGAAUAUUUCUCUCACUGGUUUUUAAAGAUUACUAAAUCAGGUUUAAGAUGUUUUACCCCAGCAGCCGAACUGCAUUCUUGAUGAUAGUUUCCUGAAUCAUAGUUUAACUUAGUAGAGGCCAUGAUUCAGUUUGGCAUAUCACUGACUACAUCACAAAGCAGGCAACAAAACUGUGUGUCAGUGAAAGUGAUGCCAAAACUCUGUUUUAGAGGCAACAUAGUUCCACUCUUAUCAAGUAUGACCACUGUCAUCUGCUGAGAUAUUCAAAUUCAAAUUUAUUUGUGUGGCACUUUUCAUACAAAAAAAUGUAGUUCAAAGUGCCUCACAGAGGCUAAAAACAACAUUUAAACAACAAUAAAACCCAACCCUCCCACCCACACACGCACCCAUGGACCCCCCCACACACAAAGACACACACCCACCCUUACUCACCCACACAUACACAUACACACACACAAGCCCACACAGAGUAAGAAUUUAAGAUAUAUUGUUUAAGAGACCUGGCCUGACACUGAGACAUUACUUAAGGAAAGAGCUACCUUUAGGAAACACUGGAGAUAAAGAUAAAAAUGGUGAUAAGAAAGAGUUAAACCUGAUGGACUAAAACAAGAAAAUAAAAUGAAAAAAUAAGUAAAAGCUCUUUACCAUAGAAAGGGGUAAAAGAAGUAAAAACCUUGAUGAUGGGAAUUAAGAAAAAGACUAAAAGCAGAGAUAAUUGGUAAGAUUACAUAAAAGAAACAUUAAGCUUUGAUUAAAAUGAACAUUUGCAAUAAGAGAAAUAUGAAAAGGCAAUCAGUGAAAUACCUGGUUAAAAAGGUGAGUCUUGAGCCUCUUCCUAAAAACAUCAACAGUCUCUGUGGCCUGAUAUGUCCAUUAGAAUUUAAAGUGUUUGCAUCGGGAAAAAAGUAACAGCAAGCUUUUUAAAUAAGAGUGCUGUUUAAGCAACUUAUAAAUUUAGAAAUGUUGAUAUUUUAUACGUAACUGACUAUUGAAUUCAAGGAUUUUUCACUUUAUUUUUGUCACUAAUGAAGGUCUAAUUUAGAAGCUUUGGGAUCUUGACUCUUAUCAAGACAAUAGCUUUGAUUUGAUGAAAAAAUUAACGCUCCUUAGAAGUUUAUUUAUUUUUACAACUUCAAUUCCUAGUCAGUUUGGAUGGCGGUGUGAAAAAACAAUGGAAACAGAAUUUGUUGUUGUGCAAAUGAAUUAAACUCGAUAUUUUGUGGAAAAAAUCUUGCAAAGACAACUAAUGAGAUAUUGAGACUGAUUUUUUGUUUUAUUUUAUGACAAAUGUUUGCUUAUUUUAGCAACACAAAUCAAAAAGUUGUGCAGCCCUUCCACAUAUCAGCUUCCCUCCAGGAUGAAGAAACUUAAACUGAACCUUCAAUACAUGUUAAAGUUGAAAUAUUAGCCUGCUCAUUUGCCAUAUCUUUUGAUCUUUCACUACUGUGAUAUUAUCACUACUGUAUAUUGUUCCAAUUACUUAGACAUGCUAUCACCAGUGCUGUUGCUGGUUGUUGGUUGCUGUUGCUCCACUCUACCCGAUCAGAUUUGGUUGGGGUCCAGUUGCUCCUCACGCUGCUCUAAAAUCUGUGCCUCCUAAGCAGGGCUUGACAGUGUGACUGUUUCAUUCGCAUUUGAAACUAAAAAUAGAUAAGUGCAAAUUGUAAAAUGUAUUUAGGGGCACACGUGCGCAUUAAAAAAAAUCCAUGUCAUGUGACCAAAAGACCUAAAAUGGAUUUCAAAUACGGUACUUAUGUCGACCAAUAAGACACACAUUAUUUGAUCCAUUUUAAUUGUGCUUCUAAAGUUUUUUGUGUGCACCGUACUUUUUCAACUUAGGAGCACAUGUGUCAAGCCCGAAUUGUCUUUAUUUCUCAAUUUCUAAGAUCAAUCUGAGACACAAACUGAUGUUUUUUGCCACAGUGUCAACAGGCAUAGGGGAAAUGUGAUGGGACCUCCCUCUGCGGCUCAGUUGAAUAUGACUUGUGUGAUCAGGUUGUACCUAAUGUUGAGAAUUUGGGGUUUUUGUCUGAGUAGACAAAGUAAUUUAACACAACUGGAUAAUUCUGUGAAAUUUUACCUUCUUGCAGAUGUAAAUGUGAUAUUCAAAUACUCUGAGACUGUUUGUUGACAGAGCUCUGUUGCGUCUUGUUUUAGGCAGCAGACAGCCACAGUUUGGCUCAGACAGAGUGGACUCCUACAGACAGCUGGAGGCUCAGCAUGCAGCGCUGAAGAGAAAGGUGAGACUCUUGGAAUGGCACAAAAAAACUUGCUAGGAUCACUUAGAUGGUUAAUUUUUCUUGCAUUAAGACUGCAGCAAUUCUGUGAAUGAGCAGAUUUUACUGUAAACAUGUUGUAAAAUAAGAUUUCUGAGUGAUUUUUUUCAGGUGUGAACGGACCCUAGAUUCAUGUGUUUUUGUUUAUGCAUGUGCGUCAUUAGCUGAUGGAGGUGGAGGAGGAGAUUGUGCUGAAGAGCGGGGAGAUCCGGGUCCUCAGGGACUCUCUGAAAGGAGCCCAGCAGGAGAAGGAGGCCCAGAGGCAGAACCAGAUCCUGGUGGAUACCCAGAGACAGCAGAAGUACAGCGAGAGGGAGAUGGAGCUCAACAGGAAGGUGAGGGGCCGAACAUACGACUCAAACAGAAAUAAUCAGCACAUAUAACCUUCAGAAUUACCUGAUAGUAAAGUUCAUGACAUCAAAGUUCAUGAUAACAAUGUGCUCUUCAUGUUCAGGUCCAGUCUUUGCAGACGGAGCUGCAGUUUAAAGAAGCAGAAAUCAACGAGAUGAAGACCAAACUCACUUUAGAUAAAAACAAGACCACCUCUCCUCUGCCCAGAAACAGGUGAGUCAUCGUGGACAUUUAGAAUAAAAGGAAUUUGAUAACUACUUUCAUGAUUUGAAGCAUCUGAUCUCUUUUACAGGAGAGCCUGAACCCCUUUUCUCUGUCACCUUAGCUUAAAUGUGAUCACAUAUGCUCUCUUCUCUCAGUCCUAAAGUCGCCCAGCUGCAUCUUGGGAGUGGCAGCAGCUCCUCCUCCCCAAUUGCAAAUGGUUUCAUUACCAAGGAGAUGUUUGAAGCUAGCAUCACCUCCAGAGUGACGCCAGUGAAGACGAGGAGAGACGGUGAGUGGCAUCAUGCAAAUGACUGGCGGAUGCUUUCGUUAUGUUCAUGACUGUGAUUGAGUUCUUGUGUUGAAGACUUUUAGUGAUGUGUGCUUGUAAAUGUCUUUGCAGGGGACCGAGGAUCCAGCAGCAGAUCUGUAGACAAGCAGGAAGUGACUCCCCCAGACCCCUUUGUCUCAGUCAGAUCUUCACACCUGCAGCACAGAGGUCAGAGCUACUUAGUUUUAUGUUCAAUAGAAUAAAAAAACACUGAAGCUUGAGAAAAAAGCAGAUCUACAGUCAUAUUUUCACUCAAAGCUGCCGUGAACUUGAGAGAGAGAGCGAUAGAUAGAGAGAUAGAGAGAGAGAGAGAGAGAGAUAGAGAGAGAGAGAGAGGGGGGUGGGGGGGUGGGUGGGUGGAAGCUGGUCAAAUUAAAGAGGAAGUGAAAGUAGAGCACCUGUUAUGGGUAAAUGAAGCCGUAAAACUGAGAAAGGUGGCUUUUUGUCAGACUUUCACUGCAUUUAUGCCUCAGUGAGCUAAUUAACGAAUUUAUAAACACUCAAAAAGUGCAGAUUUUAAACUUUCUCAGCACUUCACAGGUUUUGCCCUGAGGUGUGUCUGUGUCUGUGUCUGUGUGUGUCUGUGUGUGUCUCUGUUUCAGCUCCACUCUACUCUCCAUCUCACCUAAAGCUCCCACAACACAAAGUACUCUAAAUCACAGGUUGGAAAAUAAGUCGGCUGAUAAGUGAAAGUAAAGUCAUGGGUGGGGGUUUCAGGGUUUCUUCUGUUUGCUCAGUGACUUGAAAGAGUGGCAGAUGAUAAAAAAAAUCAAAUCAAAUUAAACUUAAAUUUAUACAACCCUUUUCAUGCAAGAGUUAAUGCAGCACAAAGUGCUUUACAUGUUAAAAACAGUUUUUCCUCCCCACACAUUCAUCCCCCCACCCCUGCCAAGACCCCACCCAAGCACACACACACACACUCAAACAUACAUACACACACACAGAUAAUGCAGUCUUAAAGGCAUGUGGCUGAGUACAGAGGAGCCAGGUCAGGAAACGUCAGGUGGCCGUCUGCACUGGAGGCUGCUCACGGCCCAGGGCCGGGACACCUCCACCCGGAAGCACGCCCUGCUACAGUCCAGUAAGGGGCCUACAGCAGCAAGCACUGCUGUAGGCCCCCACCUGGCCAACCUGAGUGCACACCACGAGGCAAAGAAUUCCCAGACAAAGCCAGUCACAUCCCCCAGUGCAGGUGUCCCCCCCACUGAGGAAACACUGGAGAAACUAAAUAAAACCAUAAACAUGAUGUUCUCGGAUAAGAACAUCAAACUAAACACUUGUGAACAGCAAAAAUACCAUUCAAAAUAAGUAAAUGAAUAGAAUAAAUAUAACAUCCAAAAUCAGGGCUAAAAUAUAUAAAUAAAAUGAAAUAAGAUAAAAAUAUAAGUUAAAAUAAGACAUUAGUUAAAAGCCUGAUUAAAUAGGUGGGUCUUAAGCCUGCGCUUAGAAAUAUGAACAUAUUCCACAGACGAGGGCCAUAGUGCUGGAAAGAUGCCUCACUGUAAUUUCCUGUUCUAGUUUUGGAGACUAUUAAAAGGCCAGCACCACAGGAUCUCAGGGUCCGCGAGGGUUCAUAUUUUAAAAGCAAUUCUGAAAGAUAAGAAGGUCCAAGACCCAUAAGACAUUUAAAAACCAUUAAAAGAACCUUAAAAUUGAUCCUAAAGCACACAGGGAGCCAAUGCAGUGAUUUUAAAACUGUUGUAAUAUGUGUGGUGUAGAAAGGUCAAUUAUGGACGUUCCAGGGUGUUUGAACCUGGAUACACUUCUUCAUGAUGUUAAAUUAAGAGCAUCCAGUCAAACUCGAGUCUUCAGAUUUUUGAUUGAUACCAAAUGUUCAAUUUUGAAGGUGUUGAGUUUGAGCGACUAGGAUAUUCACCCUUCAGGGAGUGCUGUUUGAAACAUACUUUGUGUCAGAGUAUGUCUGCUUUGUCUCAUAAACUUGUACAUUCUGUUUCAUCCUCCAGGUGGAGCCCUGCUGGGGUUGUUGCUGCAGCAGCCUUUGUCUCCCAGCAGCCUCGGCCUUUCUCACUUGCUGUCAAUGGACCUGAACGACAUCCAAUCCAAGUCCAGGUAGAAGAAAACAUUUGCGUGCUGUUGAAGCAAGUUUUUUCCCCCUGAGCUGUUUCUAUUUUUAGAGUUGACUUAAAAAGACUUUAAAGUUUCUUAAUCCUCAAAAGAAAGUUUCUCUAAAUAAAUGAUAUUGAAUUCAAUCAUCCCUUUUAUAGGUGCUUCACUUCAGCACCAGUACUGAUCAUAGUAACAGCAGUAUUUAUAGUGUUCCUUGAAGCUGUUGUAUCUCACACUGACUGGUCUAGUUUUGGACUCUGUGUUUUCUGUUAUUAAUCUAUUCUAGAGGGAUGUCAGGAGGUUUCCUGCUCCACCCUGAAGCUGCAGCUUCUACCAGCAGUGGAGGUGGGGCUCCCAGAGCUGCUCAGAGUCCAGUCCAGAGUCUGGCUGCAACCGGACUCAACAUGCUGAGCCAGAGCCGAUCAGAAGCUUCAGGCGGCAGCAGAAGCAAAAGGUAGUGUGACAGAAGAGUGAGGACCCACAACUGCUUUACUUUAACUGUACCAUCUCUGAUACCUGCUGCUCUGCAGUCCUGCUAAACGGGGCCAUCUAGUGGCCAAAAGAUGCAAUUACCCUAGACGGAAACACCACCUUCAUGUCAUCCCUGAUGUUCAUGUUGAUAUUGUAUACUGGAUUGAUUGAGUUUCUGGGAUUUAUUUAAUACUUGUCUCAUUGAUGAUUGAUCCCACAUUCAGUAUUUAAAGCCUCUUAAAAGAGAGAUAAUAAGAGACAGUGGUGCCAAAAGUAAAACACUUUUGCAUUUUUACACAUUUCAUACCAUAAGAAAUUAACUCUUUCAAUUGUUGUAAUAUGUUCAGAGUUAUAACCAUAUCCCCAAAAGAGUUCAUAAGUCAUGGACAAAGCUGUUUGGGAUAAGAGAUUUUACUUUAAUGUCAUUUUGAUCAUGUGAGAAUUGAAAGUGAUCAAUACUAAGGUCUAAGUUUUGUAAUAACUGAAUAAUAAUAAAGUAAGUAAAUAAAUAGAUACCUAUAAAACAGUCAGGCAUUUUAACAUCAGUGAAUAAAUUAAAUGUAUUUUAAGGCCAUGUCCACACAUAUCUGCAAAAAAAUUAUUUUGUAUGAUUCGGCCUGUCAUCCACUCAAAGCCGCACGAAUACGUCAUUAAAAACUGUGCUUUUGGAAAAUUCCAACCAAAGUGAAGAUUUUGGAAACUCCAGUUUUGCUUUUGCGUGUAGACACAGAUAACCAGAGUUUUAAAUUCCCAAACGUCAUUGUCGGCGAUAGCUAAUAGAUAAACGUCAUAUACUAUGCGCCCUUGUUUAUCUCGGCAGUGGACCACAACUAUAUUGAUACAGAACAUAGAUAUUUUUGCGAGGAGCAAAGGAGAAGGAGUGCUUUGCAGUCGGCUCUUCUACACCAAAUAACCCUUCCUUCAUCUUUCUUGUGUCUGAUUGAGUUUAUACUCCAAAGUUCAAGUUUAUAGUGUCAGUCCACACUAAAGAACUACACGGCGCUGUGUCUCAUGUUUAGAGAGGUGAUGACGAAAAAGGAAAACUUGCUCUGACUGGAUAGAAUGGAUCUAACUUUUUGGCAAAUAGGACCAACUCCAGGUCUGGCAUACUUAUAACAGCGGUCAAUAGCACACUUAAGCGGUUUCGUGUGUGAAAACGAUGAUGUUUACACAUGACUGUUUUUUUUUUAAAACAAAGGGUUGGAUAUCGGUUUGUAAAAAUACCCGGUUAUGUGCACAUGGCCAAAGUCUUGUGUCUGAUUUGUAGGUCGUGUCAUGAAGCUGUCCUCCUCCUUCCUCUGCUGGACCUCCACCUGUCUCGGCUCUGUCGGGCUCUGGACUCGCUCCGCUUCUCGUCCUCUGCCGCUGCCAACUCACUGCCCUCAGGCCGUGCUCCUCCUGCAGCUGGACCAGGGAGGCUGGAGGAGACUGGCGUUAAUGGUUUUAGUGUGGAGGACACUGGUCUGGCUGCUCUGAGGCUUCUUUAUCUGCUGCUGGCUCACAGUGACGAGGUGAUGAAACUUUAUUCCUGCCUGUAAUUAUUCAGCCAAAGUGCAGAUUACAAAGUUUUAUCUUGAAACACAGUAUGUGUGGUUAAUCAAUGAGCAGAUCUGGCUCAACACUCUGCUUUUGUGUUUUUAGUUAAUUGUCCAUCCACUCUGCCAGAAAUCAAGUCCAUGUUGUGUUUUCUGAAUCAGGAGUGUUGAUGAUUAACUUUUGUGAACUCUUCAGGUGGUGGAGGCUGUGCUGACAGAGGAGAGUCAGAACAUGGAAACAGAUACAAAGGUAUAAAAAACAAUCUUGUUUGUGAUGAUGCAACAAAACAAAAAACAAACUUUGUCCUCCAAUCAAUUAUUUCCUGAUCUUCUCCAACACUUUGUACACAAAUCCUCUCCACCCUGGCUGCAGGCUGCUGCAGAUCUGAGCUCCCAGAGUGCCUUGCUGCAAUCGGUGCUGCGGCUCUGUGAUGCAGGCGGCAGCAACAACGGUCCACAGACAGAGCAGCUCGCCCUCAGUGCCAUGAAGACUCUGUGUGUCCUGAUUGAGAGGACAAAAGACUCACACACUGACCGGUACACAAAUAUAUAUAUGUAUACACACAUUUCACUCAGUUAUCUGAAAGAAGGAGGCAGAAAUGAACCUUUUUAACUCCAAUUGUUAAAAAUAGAGUUUUUAUUGUCUGAGCUCCAUGUGGCAGUGAGACAUCAACCCUCUUCUGCACCUUCUCUUUUACACACCCACUCAUGAUGCAACUCUCACCUGGGAUGAACACCGCUGGAGGUAGAGGAGUGGCUGCGCUUGGAGUGUGUGUUUAUGAAUUUUCCACUGGCUGUCUGAGAUUAUGUAAUGGCUUCCUGUAAACUACCUGCAGUUUUUAUGGUCCCUGGUUACGCAACAGAGAGAGAAGAAGAAAAACUGAAGGAGCAAAGCUUUGCCUCGGAUUGCUUUUACUGCCAAACCUUUUAAAGACAAAACCGGUUCAGACUCUGUUUUAACAAACCCAAAAGAAAACCUAUGAGCUCAUGCUGUGUGACUUUUUCAAAAGUUUUGCAGAUUAACCACGAUUGAAAAAAAAAGUCCAGGAAACAUGUAGAAAAAGGAGAUAUGUGUAUUUAUGCUGGUGUCCUCUUUCUUUGUGUCUCUCAGGUUGCAGUGUGUGUUAUCAGUCGUGAGUGUGUGUUUCACGGCGGACAGCAGGCUGCAGACCAUCUCAGAGUGUGUCUCUAUCCUUGCGUCCAUGUCCAACCACCAGAGUCUGUCUCGGCAGCUCUGCUCCCAGCACGGUGAGGCCCUGUGUUCUUCUACAGUGUUGAUCCAACAGGGGACCCCAGACCUUUUAAUUAGACUGUUCAGGUGACUUCACUGGACUGAUGUCUCCAGUUUACAAGCACUGGGCGAGAAUCGAAUUCUUGCCCUUAAUGUGCUUUAUCAUCAUCUUUGCAAAGCAGCUACUCAUGCUUGAUUUAUUUUGAUUUAAGGUCUUAUUUCUGAGUAACCCCAAACAAAAUAUGCUGGGGCCUUUCCACUGCAGCAUUCAUGAAUAGACUACCUAGAUGCAAAGGAAACAGCUGAACUAAUCCCCUAUGUACUGCUCGCAGACCACUGCGAGGUUGUAGGAGGAGAAGAAAAGUUUUGGGAAAACUUUUGAUGAACUGUGAUUGCAUGUCAGUAAUCUGCUCUGAGGUGUUUGUUGUGCAUUUUUUUUCAUCUUUGUAUGUGUGUGUUCAGUCUGUCAGCUUGUUAAAGUUCAUUUUUCUGUACUUGUUUUUUUAGACCCGUGUGUGUUCCUGAAGUUGUUCCAGUACAUCAGGAACAGACCAGACAACCUGGCGACACACACAGACUGGAUUCUUCUGGACCUGCAGGUAAGGAUCUCUUCAGACCGGCUCCAGAACAGCUCGAUAUGUUUGUUAACAUGAGGUGGUCUUGUGAGAUUCUCCAUUUUGAGUCAAAUGGACUCAAACAUGAUGACAUCCCUCCUGCUGCAUAUAGUGAAAUAAAUCAUGCCGUCCCAGUCCGACCCUGUCAUGUAAUCAUCUUGACAGUCCAGGGUCAUCAGAUGAUCUGGUUUUACUAUGCUCCGGGCUGAACAGCUGGACCCUCUGCUUAUUCGGUCUGCCACAAAUACCACACAUGUCACACCCGUGCUUAGCUUCCUGUACGCUCCAGUGUUUUAUUUUAAUUUGUUAAAAGGACAGAGAGACUUUUAUACAUGAGACAAACACAUUUGAAUUAGUAGCAUAAAUAUUUUAUCAAGAAAAUCUGAAAGAUGUGAUUUAUACGAUUCUAUCCAGCAGAAAACAGUGUGUACCUCUUAAAUCUUUACUUUAAAUUCAACAUUUUAACUUUUGUUCCUCUGACAGACUCUUUUUUUUCUUAUUUUUUGUGGAACUAAACUAAAAGAAAUCCUACAAAAGGAAUUACAUAUUGUGUGGAAUUUUUCAGGUUAUUUGAUUUUAAAAUGCUUCUGUUGAUAUUUGUCUUGUCUUUUUGUGACUGUUUUCUUUUGUGUUUAUUUUAAUUCAUACAUUGUUUAUUUAUUUUUUUAUUUAUCUUUGUCACAGGUGGUUCGUUUGCUCCUCAAACUGCUAACCCAGAGAGCAGAGAGCUGGACGAGCAGCCAGCGCAGCACCUGUCCAUGUUACACUGAGGUGAAGCUCUGUCUCUCUUUGAAACUCAGCUUUGUGCUGAAACUUUCUCUCUCAACAUCUUUUUUCUCUCUCAGCUGGUUCAGACAGUGGUGAUCGUUUUUCAUCGUCAGUGGUUGGAUCUCCGUGGUGCUCAGGAGCUGACUGACUCCAGAGGUCAGCUACAUUUAAGAUUUUAAUCCAGAGCUGGAAGUGUUGCAUAACAACAAUUUGCUGACUUAACAAUCAUUAAUUGUGUUUUUUUUUCUUUUGUUUGGGUGUGGCCCCGCCCUUGAAUAAAGGCCCCGCCCCCUCAUUGCCUUGGUUCAACAGCUCGGCGGCAUCUCUGCUUAGAGAGUGUCUGCUGCUGCUGCACUGGCUGCUGCUGCAUCACAACAGCUUCUCAGAGAGCUGCAGGCCGCUGCUCCACAUGUACGACCAGGUGAUCCCCGGCGUGCGAGACACGCUGAGGAAGAUCCCCGAGCUGAGCGAGAGCGAGGGUACGGACGCACAGACAUGUUUGAUGUUUUUAAGCUAACAUACAGGUGCAACUCUAAAAAAGUUUUCAAAAGUUGUUUUUUUUUUUUUUAAACUUCACACACAAGUGAAAUAUUUUAAGACUUUUCAGUUUGAAUCUUGAUGAUUGUGGCAAAUCUGGAAAAUGGUUUAUGAUCUCAGUACUUGGUUGAGGCUCUUCUUACAAAUUCCUUCAUGGAUGUGACGUUUCAUUGAGUCCAUCAGUCUGUGUCUCUGCUGGGGUCUUAUUGAAGUCCAGGUUUAGCUCUUUCAGUACAUCUGUAGUGUUGCUCUGGUGUCGCUUGUCUUUCUCCUGAGAUCCUCUAUGGUGUUCAGAUCACACCAGUUGGCUGGUCAGUAGGCCUGCACGAUAUAUCGUUUGAGCAUCGUCAUCGCAGUGUACGUGUGUGCAAUAGUCAUAGUCGGAGGUAAAUGAACUCAUCUAAUUUCAAGGGUAACUGACUGAGAUACACUGGAUGUGACUCUGCAUGUGCUUUGCAGCAAUCCACCAAUCAUCUGCGUUCUUUACUCAGUUACCAAUCAGACUCAGUUCUCAGUUGUCAAUCAGACUACCCUGCCAGCUGUCAAUCAAAAUCAGAGAGGAGGAAACCCACCCCUGCACAUGUUCUGCACAUGGAGUGAGUCGCUGGCGCUACCGGAGGUGAGCCGAGAAACGCGUGUCCGCUGAGAAUUACUUACGGAACAUUACUCAUCACUGUUUAGCCCAACAAAUAAGAACCGUAUGGGUUUUAAGUUGUACAUUUCCGUGGAUCACUCUACUAUAAGCAGUGCGCGUUUUGUGAGGUGCAUGCAAUUCUCGGAGGACAUGCGUUUCUCAGCUCAACCCCGGUAUCGACAACAACAAUGAUCACAAACUGAGCAACAAACAGAGAAAACCACCUUAGAUGAUGACUUGUUGCCAAAAAGAAAAGGAAAGUCAAUUAUCUGGAAUUAUUUCGGUUAAAAGAAGGAUGAUGUCGACCAAAACAUGUGUUCUGUGUUCAUCUGUUUCCACAAUAAUGUCCCAGCACAAUAAAAACUAAAAAUAUCUCUGAGACAGACAGAAGCCAUUCUACUAACAUUCACAAAAAGAGGUAAGAUCAGUGCAGGUUGACUGUCCUCAAGAUUUCAGCAGUGCAGCAUAACAUUAAGUGCUAUUCAAAAAAAACGCAAUGUUAGUAUUUUCCAAUAUCGUGCAGCUUUACUGGUCAGUUAAGCACAGUAUUAUUAUGGGGUCAGUAAACCAGUUUCUGGUAGUUUUGGUGCUGUGGGCUGGUCCUGCUGGUAAAGGAAAUCUGUAUGUCCAUAAACCCUCACUGCAGAUGUAAGCAUCAAGGUCUUUAAAACCUCCCGUUAGACUUCAGGCUGCAUUGACUCAUGGCCCCCUGAACCAUCACAGACUGUGGAAACUUCAUGCUGGACAUCAAGUUCCCUGUAUUCUGGGCCUUGAUGAUGUUCCUCCAGACUCUGGGACCUUGAUUUCCAAAGGACAUGAGCUGGUUAGAGCUCUUUACAGGACUGAAAGAACCGUCAAAAGCCUGGACUUUUCCACGAUACUCAGAUUGUGGAAUUUUGAUUUUCAUGAGCUGUAAUCAUCGAGAUUUAGACUAAAACAGUCUUGAUAUAUUUCACUUGGUGUGUGAUGAUUCUGGAACAAAUAGAAGUUUCACUUUUUUGUUAAAUUAUGGAGGAAAUGAACUUUUUUAGGACAUUCAAAUUUUCCGGCUUCACCUGUAGAUCUGUUGCAACCUCGGAUGGUCUGUAUGUAGGAAACACUGCAGUGAACAUUACUGGUGUACAGGCUAAAUUAGAGAGGUCACUAUCAGACUGAUCUCCUUCUCUGUUUCCCAUCUGUCAGAGCUGGCUCUGGAGGAGAUCUGCCGCUCAGAUGGGGAUGACACCGAUGACAUGGACACUGAUAUCGGCUCCUGAUUGGCUGCUGCCUCUGCCCCCACAUUUGAAUAAUAAUUGGAGCUGAAGGACAGUUUUCACUGACUGCUGAUUGAAAAUUUGACACUGAGAAACAGACGUACAGGAGUGUUUUCUGUCAAACUGAUGAAUUAAAGCUGGAGUGAAAUUAAGGACAGUAAUCUGAAUGACGAAUGAGCUACAGGAUUUAAUCUGCUGUCUGAUAGGAAUUAACAAUAAAACAUGAAGGUAACUCAGUCAGCCCUUUUUUAUUUUCUUUCUUGUACCUUACUUCUUUUAGCUUCAGACACGUAUGGGAAGACACACUGAGGUCCUUGUUCAAAUCCAAGAGGAACCAGCCAUACAGAUCAGCUUAAUAUGGACCCAGGAAAUUAAGUGUAGUGAUGGAGGUGGCAGUAACACAUUUUUCUGUCCUCAUGACUGAAAACGAAACAAAAAAAACAAGCAGGACAAAGAAAGUUUUUGUAAAACCACUUUUAUUUAUUCUCCAGUUGUAAAUGAGGUCUGCAUUAAACGUUCAGAAGAAGGCAUCCUGUUA